GAGAGAGAGAGGAGAGAGAGUUUAGCCCAAACACCAAAGGCUGUUGUGUUUCUUGUUUUGAUCAUUUUAGAUGCAGAAGCAGAGCAAAACGAGCCAGGCGGAGGAGACGUACGAUUCCCAUAUUCUUGGACCAUCUCCGAUCAGUCAGUUUGAUUCUUUGUAGGAUCUAAACUUCGUCGGCCGAUCGAAUUUGCGAUUUUCUCUUCUGGGUUCGGCUCAGAAUCCCAAGAAAUCUUAGAGAGAGAGAGAAAAGCCAUGGGGGUAGAUUAUUACGAGGUAUUGAAGGUGGACAAGAACGCGACCGACGAUGAUCUGAAGAAGGCGUACAGGAAAUUGGCAAUGAAGUGGCAUCCUGACAAGAACCCCAACAACAAAAAGGAAGCCGAGGCCCAAUUCAAGCAGAUCUCUGAAGCCUAUGAGGUUCUGAAUGACCCUCAGAAACGGGUGAUCUACGAUCAAUACGGCGAGGAAGGCUUGAAGGACAUGCCGCCCCCAGGUAGCAGCGGCAACUCGAGCGGUUUCAACCCCAGAAACGCGGAGGACAUAUUUGCGGAGUUUUUCGGCAGCAGCCCUUUCGGGUUCGGGUCGUCCGGACCCGGUAGGUCGAUGAGAUUCCAGUCGGACGGGGGCGGAGGAGUGUUCGGGGGAUUCGGCGGAGGCGAGAACAUUUUCAGAACGUACAGCGAGGGGAACGGCGCCAUGCCCCAGAAGCCGCCGCCAAUUGAGAGCAAACUGCCUUGCAGUCUCAAGGAGCUAUACUCGGGAUCGACAAGGAAGAUGAAGAUAUCAAGAACAGUGAUGGAUGCCAAUGGCCGGCAAACCGUGGAGACGGAGAUACUGACGAUCGAGGUGAAACCCGGGUGGAAGAAAGGAACGAAGAUCACUUUCCCCGACAAAGGGAACGAGCAGCCGAACCAACUCCCCGCCGACCUCGUGUUCGUGAUAGACGAGAAGGCCCACGACUUCUACAAAAGGGACGGCAACGACCUCAUUGUGAACCACAGGGUGACGCUGGCGGAGGCGAUCGGCGGCACGACCGUGAGCCUCACCAUGCUGGAUGGCCGGGAUCUGUCGAUCCCAGUGGCGGACAUCGUGAGCCCCGGCUACGAGCUGAUAGUUGCGAGGGAAGGGAUGCCCAUAGUGAAGGAGCCUGGGAACAGGGGAGAUCUCAGGAUCAAGUUCGAGGUGAAGUUCCCGACCAAAUUGACGGAGGAGCAACGGGAGGGGCUCAAGCGCGCCCUCGGGGGUUGAGACAAACGUUACGUACAUACAUGUAUACAUACACACAGCUACAUAGAGGAAAGCAUGAAUUCGCUUCGGCCACCGGAUGCCGUCCGAACUGAACACUGAUCAUAGAUGCUUUACAUGAGACGUUUCCCAUUUGCUGUGUUUUCCCCAUGUUUUCUUGUAUCCAGUCCGAUCGUACACGCACAUCCU